UGUUUACAAACAUUGCAUUCAAUUUUGAAUUUUGUUUUUUAAUGUUUUUAUUAAAUUAAUUGUUAUUUAUUUUAUUUGUUAACUGAAUGUCUCUAAUAAUUAGUGACUCGUUGUGUGAUUUAAGUCGAUAUCAAUUGUAUUCAAUGGUUAACGCAUUGAGACGUGAAGUCCAGUGUUUGACAAAUGAUUUAUUAAGAUAUCAGUUAUUAACAGAAAAAUAUGAAAAAUAUCUGCAAUUUAUUGAAUCAAUUGAUGAAACAAUUGAUGAAAAUUCACUGAAAACUGAUAUCAAUUCACUGAUUAUCACCAAAAGCUGUUCCGUGUCUUUGAAAACAUUAAACAAUACACAGAUUUUCCAUGAAUUUAACGAUCUCAAAUCAAUUGAUUGUCAAACAUAUGUCGAAACACGGGAUGAAUGGACACAAACUGAUGAUAAGUCAAGAAAUAUUAAUGAAGUAAAUAAUGAAGAAAUUGAAGACAUUGUUUGUCCGAUUACUUGUGAAUCAAUAGAUGAGACAAUCGAGGAAAGAGUUGUUGAAAACAACGACAAUAAUAGUUGUAAUAGAAAUCAAAUGAAGACUAAUGAAGAAAAGUCAAGUAAUUUGCAAAUAUUGACAAACAAUAUAUUGAAUAAAAGGUUAACCAUUGAUGACAAUGAUUUAGUUAUCAAUAACAAUGAUCAGACAGUUGUGAAUGACAACAAAACAACUGAUAAAGAUAUCAUCGAUGAAUGUUUUGUUAAUAAUGUUAAUGUUGAUGACAUGAAUCAAUUGAAGACUACUAAUAGAGAUGAAUCUCAAUCUGAAAAUGUUGAACAAGUUAUGGAUCAAUCGAUUGCUUCAAGAAAUCAGCCACCAAUUAAUUAUGCAGAUAACAGUAAUAAAAACAUUAACAAUGAUAGUGAUAGUGAUGACACUGUUUUUGAUGACUAUAUACAAGAUUUAGAUGAUUCAGAUGUAGAUAACAAUUGUAUGGAUCAAUUGGAUGUCAAUCAGUCGAAAAGUUUAGGAUCAAAGAUAAAAACAAUGUCUAAUAAAACUGAUCGUAAAAAAACUAAAACAAUUAUCAAAAAGAAUUUAUCGAAGAAAACAGUCAAAUGUACGAACUGUUUGACUAAUGGUUUAGAUAAGUGUCGACAUCAGUACAGAUGUCGGAUAAACUGUUGCAACAAACUGUUUAAAUCGGCCAAAGAGUGCAACCAUCACAUGGAAACCAUACAUUCAGAGACAAUACGAUUUCAAUGCGAUGUCGACCCGUGUCGUCAAACAUUUGUCUCUAAGAUCAACUAUGAUCGUCAUAUACGCAAUGAUCACCAAAGGGAACCAAAAUAUAAUGAAUUUGUCAAAGAGAUUAUUGAUGUAAGUGGUGACAAAAAAUACCAGUGCCAGUGGGAGGGCUGCGAAAAGUUGCCGUACAAACACCGAACGUCAUGCGUUCAUCAUAUAUGCGAUCAACAUUUAUUGCCGCCGAGAGACUACCGGUGCGAUUGGCUCGGAUGUGGUAAAGUGUAUAAAUCUAAUCAAGACUUACGCUAUCAUCAGACUGAACACGAAAACAAGUCCUAUCAGUGCCAACAGUGUCCGGCAAUAUUUCCGUCCGAACAUCGAUUAAAACGACAUAUUGAACGACAUGGAUCUACAUACCAGUGCGAAUACGUCAAUUGUCAGUUCCAAUCGGGAAGCCUCGGCGUCUAUAACCAACAUUUGAUAGUCACACAUAACAAGAGUGGUCGACAAUUACAGUGCGAUGUCGAAGGUUGUACCCAAGUAUACCAUUUGAAUAGUUAUCUGAAACGACAUCAACUUCGAGAUCAUCCCGAACUCUAUCCGGACAUUCCUUGGAAGAAAUGUACUCAAUCUAACUGUACGUAUCGGACUAAAAUCACUAGACAUCUGACACAACAUAUCAAGCAACACACUGUCAAAUUUGAAUGUGAAAUUACCGGAUGCGGUAAAAUGUUGGCCACUGUAUGGUCGCUUAGACAACACUACAAAAUGGUUCAUCCCGACGAUCAUCCAGAUAUACCGUGGCUCCAGUGUCCGGUUGACGGAUGCAAGUAUACCAGCAAAUCGGAGUUUCGUAUGUCAAUGCAUAGCAAAACUCAUACGAAACCGUUUAAAUGUGAUAUUUGUGACAAACGGUUUGCCGAGAAAAGCUCGUUCCAGAGACAUAGGCUCGAACACAACGGUAUUGUCAAAAGGUAUCGGUGCGAUUGGCCCGGUUGUAGUGCAGCACUGAAAAAUAAGCACGCACUGAAAUGUCAUCGGGAGAGCCAUACACGCGACAAAGUCUAUCGGUGCGAAUGGCCUGGUUGUGAGCGCACCUAUAACCUAAAAGGAUCUCUACAAGGUCAUGUAGGUCGUGAACAUAAGGGCCUAACUGGUUACCGGUGCCAUUGGCCCGGUUGUGACUAUAAGACAACUAAUACGAUUAGA